UAUAAUUAAUCUAUGAACGUGUUUAAUUUCAGUAGAUAUGUAAAUGCUUGCCGUUUGUACACAAGAAGCAAAGCAAUGGAAGAUUCUUCAGAAUUUUUGAUUAAUCAAACAAUCGACUUCUAUGUCGAUGAUUUUAUAAGCUCGUUUUUCAAUAACACUGAUGACCGUGAAGAAACUGUACAUCUUGAUUUUCGCACGAUUUUGGACAAUAUUAACGACACCGCAGAUGACACAGAGGCCGGUUAUCAAAUAGUGUUUAUGGCCCCAAACUUCAUUCUUGCAAUGAAUGUUACGUUGCUUAUGAUUGGCCUUUUGGGAAACAUCAUUGUGUGUAUCGUUAUUUUCCGUGGCAAAUCUAUCUAUACAGCUACUAACUAUUACUUACUCAACUUAUCUAUUUCUGACGUCUCGGUUUUAAUGACUAGAGCACCUUUCGAAAUAUAUAUGAGCUACUACCGGUCCGAGAUCCAGUACAAAAGUGAAGCAAUGUGUUUCCUUCAUUAUUUGAGUUUUCAAACGGCUGUGAACGUAUCCACUUUGACCGUAACUAUGUUCACUGUAGAAAGGUAUUUAGUAAUAUGCCAUCCAUUCGUAGCCAAGUCAAUACUCGAAACCUCUUUAGUGAAAAAGAUAAUUAUUUUCACUUGGCUGGUCGCUCUUCUAUUUGCAUUUUCACCGUUCAUAUUAGACGGUUUUAACUUCGAUUACUGGAAAACAGUUUAUUGUACUAUAGACUAUGAUGAUAAAUAUGCACUUAUUUUUUCAACGAUAUUUUUUUUCAUUCCGAGUGUAUUAAUUGCAACGAUGUACAUUUUAAUUGGUAUAAAAUUAAAGACUAUUUCAAGCAGCAAACAACUUGGUGUUCGAGCUAAUCGUGAUACUGGGAAAACAAUUAGAUUGCUAGCCUUGAUCGUUGUUGGAUUUGUUUUGUGCUGGGCGCCGUUUUAUGCAAUGGAAAUUAUCUCUCCGCAAAUUUUUUAUAUGAUCAAUGACCUGGUAAUUACUGGUGUUAAUCGACCGGUACUUAAUCCUGAUCAAGAGAAUCAGUUGUACUUUGGCUCCCACUAUAAAUCCUAUAAUUUAUACGAUGAUGUCAAAGAAUUUUCGAGUUGCCCUUAAGGAGUUGCUGUUCGAUUUUCGCACCAAUUCGAAAAAAUGGAGAUCACGCUCGAGCGGCACUCACACUACUAAUACUACGUCAAUCUAAUACAAUCGAAGACAUAUUUUAACUCAUACUUUUUUUCUACAACCAAAAAAAGACUUACUUUCAUGAAAAGUUGUGUAAAUAACUUUUGCAUAUAUUAAGAAGCACUGUCUCCUCAGCAAUUUUCCCAACUUGUUGGUAAAAUCAUUUUAAGAGACCCACUAGAUUAUAAAAUCAUAAAUAAUCCAUCAGCACUUCAUGUGUUAUAGUAAUUAUUUUCAUUCCAUUCCAGAGUUUGCUUAAAAAACAUUCUGUUUGCUUUGGCACACUGCAAACCUUCAACUUCUGUAAUGUGUGUUGUGGGCGCACGU